CGCAGGGAGGAUGUAUGUCACAAGUGUUUCAAACGCUCUUUUUUUUCUUAAAUUGAAACCACACGAACUUCCUUUUCUACCUUCCUUGUAUUGUAAUUUGCGCGUCAAGAGACAGUCAGAGGAGUUGACAGCAAUGAUGUAUAUAUUAUACACAUUGGUUUGAGAAAGAGAGGCGCGAACAUGUAGCCUAGGCGUUGUGUUGAUAAAGGUUGAAACAUUUAUCCAGGAUGAACCGUUCCAGUAAAUUGUCAUCUGAAAAACAGAAGAAAACCUGGAUGAAAUACGCAGUGCUAUGCUGACAACAAGAUGCAACUCGAGACCGGUGAGCGCAGUGGGAGAAACCAGAAUUGAAACCUGCGGUGCUUCAGUGAAGCCAUCUUGUCUGAAGAGGAUCACUGUAACGCAGACGGAGGGAGUCAGGAAGCAGGUGCAGUCGCCCCCCCCCACCUCAUCUGAUGGAGAGGCCGUCUUCUACAACCAGGCGCCAGGCCUGGUUCCAGACCGGUCGCCAGUGGCCUACCCUGAAAGAACAAGAUCCACAGGGACCUCCAUCCACCCACCCGUCUGUUCCACACCAGUCUGCAUCAGAGGAUGAUGUCUUCUCAGAUGGAUGCUCAGCAGGAAAGAUUGAGAGCUGGCUGCUGGGCUGUGGGCUGGAGACGGACUCAGAAAACUCUAGACAUAAUCUGACUGUUGAGUCUCUGCUGAAAUCGAAAAGUUUUGAAGAUGACCUGAGUCUGGGGGCUGAGGCUACAGUAUUAAAUGUUGAGGAAGGAGUCUCAGAACUGAGUACUCCCCACCAGAGGCUGGCUCUGUCCCUUCUCCACCUGGGUCACAGUCUGGCCUCCAGUGGGCUCUCCAAAAGCACCAGUAAAGCCUCGAGUGUGUCGGAGGCCCUGCAGAUGUGUGCGGAGGAUGCAGAGGAGACUCUGUACCAGUUAGGGUUUGGUUGUGAUGAGCCUGAGGUCACGGCCCGUAUACCUAUCCGCUUCAUCAACUUCCCCUCCCAUGCCCACGGCAUCAACCUCCGCCUCUUCCUUCAGUCCCAACUGCACCGGCUCCGACAGGAGGACCCAGGACUCUCCCUGGCCAGCCGUUUCAGGCAGGUAGAGGUGCUGACAGCCAUGGCCAACGCCUUCUACUCCCUCUACUCACACGUGUCCCGCACGCCCCUCCAGAAGCUCGCCCCUCCUGAGUUCAGCUUCUCCCCCACCGCUGACAGGCAGAUCGGACGGCGCUUCAUGGGAAGUGUCCGCAGCGAACCGAGGUCUCCAGUGGAACGACUCAAGGAUACGGUUUCUAAGAUGUGCCUGUAUACUGGCUCUGGGGCUUCUGCCCGGCUGGGCUCGGACUCUGCCUGCCCCAGACCAGGACUCUCCCCCGGGCCUGGGUCGGCACCCAAGAAGAGAAGCAGCCUUCCUGACUUGGUGGGUCUGGUCCUGGAGAACACCAAGGCAGAGCCUUUAUCCAGAGACAUGGAGGAGGAUAAUCAGGAUACAGGGGAGAGUAAUGAGACGAGUGCUGCUGUGGACACGAUGGUGAGAGAUAGAGAGAUAGAGACACAGGGACACAUAGACAGGGAGGGGGAGCAGGGGUUGUUUUCAGAUGUACAGGAUAUGGACACUGGGGAUAGUAACAAGACCUGUGCUGUGGGCACACGUCUGUUCAGGGGCAGAGAGACAGAGACACCGGGAGAUAGAGACACAGUCAGGGACAAGGAGUUGGAGCAGGGAUCGUCAUCAGAUGGGGAUGGAGUUGAUUUAGAGAGGGAGCGACAUUCUGACAGAACACCCAACCUUGGGGCAUCAUCACUUUCAGAAUCGGGUCAUCAAAGAGAGCCCAGUAGUAGGAAGAAGCUGGACUUUGGCCUUACUACUCCAAGACCUACUUGUGAAGUUGGAGAAACUCAAAACACAAUUCAUCCCACAGGCUGGGCAACGGUAGUGGCACCGGUCGCCAAGGUUACCCAUGACAUCACCCGUCCUCAGAUCGUUGAGUGUGUUCACCAGGCUCCGUACAGCAGUCAACUACAACAGAGGAAUAGUAACACACAGACGGUGGACAUUUUGUCCUCUGAGAACGUCAGAAGAUCUGACCGAUCCUUCACCACAUCGGACGGACUACACAAACCCAGGGAGGAGGAUUUCUUAACUACCAGUAACGCAGCCAAGAGUUUAGAGGUCACAGUAACUCCCAUGUCUAAGGUGGAGUCUAGUUUGGGAGAAACUGGAACACGGGUUGUGUCAACGUUCGUGUCUAUAGAGCUCCUUAGUUGCAGGAAGUCCCCUUGUCUCAUCACUGUUACUGAUGUGACACCACCUAGUUCUUUAGACACAGAUGCACCUGAGAUGAUUCUCCCUGCCAGUGGUGGGAGCACAGUGGAGCCUCCAGCAGCCCAGUAUUAUCCAGGUGUAUGGAGGAACAAGAGGUACCUGAGUCCUCUGAAACCAACAUCACUCCAAGGGCAGGUCUCCCAAACUAUUCAACAGGCCAACUCCUUUGAGCUGGAGGAGGUACAGAGCGCAGGGGAGGAAGACUUCGGACAGCAAGAAACUAUAAGGUCGACAUCUUUGUCACGGUCCACUGUCAAUCAAAACAAAGGUCUGGUGGUUCGAGGGGACAGCAUGCAAUCAGACAGUAGUGGCUACGCUGAUGACGACUCCCCUGACAGAGACAAGAGCUGAUGAACAGGACCCUCGGGGAAAUGGACUCCGGGAGCUAUUAUUUACAUGAGUCAUACAAACAUAUUGAGCCACUGAAGGUACAGUCAGAUACGGAUUGUUAUUGUGAAUGACAUCAUGAAAUCAGGUGGCAUUCUGACCACACCCACUUCGACGUCACACUUCAACGUUGACUUCUGUUGGUUAACACAUUGCCCCGUAGGCAUAUUUAACACACAGAUCAAGUUUCCUAACCUGAUGCGCAGGCAUUGCCUCAACCAACAGUUGUGUGCCAGACAAUGCAAUGUGGUUCGCUGACAUGUUUAAAUACUUGUCCAGGCGUUGUAAGAUCUUCAGUGUAAGUCGGACAGGAACUCAACCCUUCGGUUUUGAUUGUGUAGACCGUCUUGUGUCCAGUGUUUCUGUUGACAGUCAUUAAUCCAUGCUAGUGCUGUGCCUUUUGUGAAAGUCGUUAUUUAUGAAUGUUAAAAAUAAAGUGAUUUCAAGAAACA